AUGAGAGGAUUAGGAUGAAAGGUGAAAGUUGGAUUUUGUAAAUCAGUGAUUCUAACAUGCGCUAAUCUCGACCAUUGACUUAAACGAUCAGGGGGGGAUGUGAGGGACACAGAGCUGGUCAAGUUUUGAAAUCGAAAGCCAGAAAACGGACUUCAGCUGAGAGGAUGCAUGUAGUCUGGAUAUUUCUCCUGUUCAUCGAGGAGGGAUUUGCUCUGGCACAAAAGACUAAAGAUGGAGGUGCAGGAUCAAAGGGCAUUAAACCUUCUCAACAGCCACAGCAUUCACGUCACUGUGGAAACUGGAUAAGAAAUGCAGAGGGUGGCACCUUCAGCUCCCCCAACUACCCAAACACGUACCCUCCCAACAAGGAGUGCCUUUAUGUACUGGAAGCCCUGCCCCGUCAGAGAAUAGAGCUGCUGUUUGAUGACACCUUCUACAUCGAGGCGUCAUUUGAGUGUCGUUUCGACCACAUCGAGGUGCGGGACGGUCCCUUCAGCUUCUCGCCACUCAUCAAUCGCUUCUGUGGCUCAUCCAAUCCUGGACUCGUGCUCUCCAGCGGACGCUUCAUGUGGAUCCGCUUCUUUAGUGAUGAGGAGCUGGAAGGGGUCGGCUUCCAGGUCCGGUACAGCUUUACUGCAGACCCCGAAUUUCAUCUGCACGUGGGAGGACUUUUAAACCCUAUCCCAGAUUGUCAGUUUGAGCUGUCUGGGGCUGACGGCCUGAUCCGUUCCAGUCAGGUGGAGGAGGAGUACAAAGUGAGGCCAGACCAGGCAGUAGACUGCAUCUGGACUAUACGAGCCCCAGCAAACAACAGGAUUUACCUUAGAUUCUUGGAAUACCAGAUGGAAAACUCAAAUGAAUGUAAGAAGAACUUUGUGGCCGUCUAUGAUGGCAGUAAUGCCAUUGAGGACCUAAAGGCCAAGUUUUGUAGUACAGUAGCUAAUGACAUCAUGCUGGACACUGGUGUGGGUGUGGUGAGGAUGUGGGCUGAUGAGACAAGCCGUCUCAGCCGUUUCCGAAUGCUGUUCACCUCUUUUGCUGACCCACCCUGUGCGGGCAGUGCGUUCUUUUGCCACAGCAACAUGUGCAUCAACACCUCUCUGGUGUGCAACGGCAUACAAAACUGUGUCUUUCCUUGGGAUGAAAGCAACUGCAAAGAGAAAAAGAACAAAGGAGUUUUUCACCAGAUCACAAAAACCCAUGGUACAAUAAUCUGCGUGUCCACGGGGGUGGUGCUGCUGCUCCUCAUUGUCUCUAUCCUGGUACAAGUCAAACAGCCACGAAAAAAGGUGCUGGUGCGCAAGAAUAACCUUUUUCACCGGGGCGACUUCCAGGAGGUGUUUGACCCUCCUCAUUAUGAGCUCUUUACUCUCAGAGACAAGGAGAUGUCUGGGGACCUUGGGGAGUUAUCGGAGGAACUCCAGUCCCUGCAGGCACUCAGGAGAUCCUCAUCAGGCUCACGCUGCAUCCAUGAACACCACUGUGGCUCUCAGGCCUCUGUCAACUCCGUCAAAGCCAGUCAGGGUGCACAUGGCCUGAGCAGGGGGUCCAUGGAGCUUCCCCCUUUCAGAGGGGAUUUCCAGAGUACCUUACCUCCCUUCAGGGACUUGAACAGCAGUCUGCGUAAGAAGAGCUGGCCUAGUAUGAAACCAGGCCGAAUGCAGGGCCAUAACAGUUUGGGGGACAGAGCACUGGGGCGGCAGGAUAGAGUGAUGGAGGAAGAUGAAGAGGAGGAGGAGGAUGGAAGGUAUGAUGUGUAUGUGCGCAGAGCAGGAAGUCGAAGAGGGAACUAUGAGAUGGCCCAGCAAAGAUCCUUGUCCAUGGACUUUUGAAACAAAAAGACAAGGUUGGCACAGUAAAUACUACAACAACUACAACAACAACUUUUCAAUCAGUGCCAGACUUUGGGAGAAUAGGGAGAGGAGAAGAGAGGAAGUGUCUCACUUACAUUUCACAGAUGAUAAUGCUGUGUAUUGUUCUUGUGAUUAAUGUAUUUUGUUAAAUACGUUUAACCAUAAAACAAAUAGAUUUUGUUCACCUAAAUCAUUGUUUAUGAUCUAAAAGAAUAUUUUAAGAGGAAGCAUGACUGAAAAACUUUCAGUUUCCAUUGUUUGGGCAAACAAUGGAAAAAAAUCUAACCUCUCAGUUUUUGUUUAAUCUGUAAUAAUCCGUGUUAAAGAAUAAAUAUGUACAUUUCCACACCACUGAUUUAGGAAAAGUCUCAUCUAGCAUUUGAUGCAGAGUCAGUUUUAACACCAGUGGUGAAAUAGCCAUUUGAGCAGCUUAGCAGUCACAUGCUCCUUCCCUGGAGGAACGUGUGUGCUGAUCAGGAAUCUUCUAAAGGGUGUGUCACACAGCUAUGCUGGUAGGAAUUUCCCCUAUAAAGUCGAUAGCCAAAGUAUGCUGUUGUAAAACCCAAUUAUAUAAUCCCAAAACCACCAAAUUCUCCACUGGCACACCUACCCCCAUUAAACACUGAAAAACUUUCAGUUUAAUUUUCGUUUUUGACUGUAAACCGACUGAAUACCUAGAGGGUUAGCAGAUGUUAACUUUGGAUUUUAGGUUAAUCUUGACUAGCUAGACCAAUAUUUCUAAAAGAAAAACUGUAAUCAGAAAUGAAACAGUCAGGAAUGACCUCGAAAAAGCGAUUUGUAAUUGAGUAAGAUAUUUGAUUGCAGUGCUUCCUUGUAAAGUAACAUGUACAGGUGGCUAUAACAGACUGUUUUUAAUAUGUUAUAUCCCACUGUUGAUGAACUUGUAAAAAUUGUUUAUAUACUGGAAUGGGAAAACUGGAAAGUUUCUCUGAAAUUCCCACAAAUGUAUGUAUUACUUUCGGUUUUGACACACGGGCACACCUUUGUGGUCAGUGUGCCAAAUUACUUAGAUAACGUUGGAGCUGGAGGACAGAACGCAUUUAGAAAUCCAGAGUCAUUUCUAGGCCACAGCCUCACAGCCAGUUUCAUCAGCAAGUCUGUAGGAUUCAUUCACCAUAUUCAGAGAAUUCACUGAGCAGAUAAUUUAUGGAGCAACUAUGCGUACACACAAACACAUGAACAUGCUGUCUUGUUGCUACAGGACGGGUGCUGUUUAUGCCAGUGAACCCUCUCUUGCUCUGAUUGGCUAUGUUCUACAUGUGACCAAAAGAACAAAAACAUGAUCAAUUAGGGGAUAAAUACUGUUAAUAGGGCACUCAUAAAGGCUUGCAUUUGGCUGACAAAUUGCUUUCGUAAGUUGGCCUUAUAUUAGAAGGAACAGGAUUUUUCAAAUCUGUGUCUUUUGCCAAGUACUGAAUAUUCGCUGACUAUGACUGCUUUUUAAGAACGCUGUGGUGAGCAGUCAUUAUUUUUGUCACAACAGCUAUGAAUAGGUGGUAUAUCUCAGGCACGUCAGAUAAUGAAUCUCCAAGGAAACUGAAAUUAGGUCAAAAGGUGCAGAGGAUGCAGGCUGCAUGGCUUUUUUAUUGCAGUAAAAUGAUUCAGCGAUUUGAUACGAUAUGAUACUAGCUCAGCUUAUCAUCAUUCACAAGGUGUUUGUUAUUCUCACCUCAACUGAAUUCAUAUUGAAUACAUUAAAAAAAUGUUUUUGACAGA